GCUUGUCUCCUACCGAAGUCGCGCUUGCUCGUUGGCUAUGGCGGAGGAAGCCCAGAGCAAGGCAACCGAGGUGGCUCCUAUGAAGGUGGAGGAAGCGGCGGUGACCGAGGCGACACCUCCGGCGCCAGCUCCUGAGCCGGGUGAGGAGGAGGCGGAGCCGAAGAAGACGGCCGAGGAGACGAAGCCCGAGGCGGAGGAACCGGGGCCUCCCGCCGAGGCCAUCGUUGCACCGUCCGUCUCCUUCAAGGAGGAGAGCAACGUCGUCGCCGACCUCGUCGACCCUGAGAAGAAAGCGCUUGAUGAGCUCAAACAGCUCGUCCAAGCCGCCCUCGCCAACAACGAGUUCGCCCCUCCUCCGCCACCUCCGGUCAAGGAGGAGGAGCCCAAGCCGGAGGAGCCUGCGGCUGCGGCCCCUGCUCCGGAGGAGCCCGAGACGGAGCCUGAGGAGCCCCCGAAGCCAGCUGAGACGGACUCACCCGCUCCUCCGCCGGAUGUGGAGCCUCCGAAGCCAACGGCCGAGAAGGAGGAACCUUUACCAGCUGCAGCCGAGGACGACGGCGGCAAGACAGGUGAAGCCGUGGAGGAAACCGUCGCCCCCAUCGCCACCGCUCCUGCGGCGGCCUCGGAGGAGGUCACUCCGGCGGCAGGAGACGAGCCGCCAGCUGAGACUCCUGCUCCACCACCAGCGGAACCGCCGGAGGAGGUGUUCAUCUGGGGCGUCCCCCUCCUUGGCGAUGAGAGGAGCGACACCAUCCUUCUCAAAUUCCUCCGCGCCCGGGACUUCAAGGUGAAGGACGCCUUGUCGAUGCUCAAGAACGCUGUCAUCUGGCGGAAGCAGUUCGGGAUCGAGGCCCUCCUCCAGGAGGACCUCGGCCUGCCGGAGCUGGAGAAGGCCGUGUUCAUGCACGCCGUCGACAGGGAGGGCCACCCCGUGUGCUACAACGUGUAUGGGGAGUUCCAAAACAAGGAACUUUACGACAAGGCCUUCGGCGACGAGGAGAAGAGGCAGAGGUUCCUCAAGUGGAGGAUCCAAUACCUGGAGAAGGGCAUCAGAGAGCUCUUGGACUUCACUCCUGGUGGCGUCUCAUCCAUGGUUCAGGUGACCGAUCUCAAGAACACGCCGCGGCUUGGGAAGCAUCGCCAGGCUACGAGGCAGGCAGUCACCCUGUUGCAGGACAACUACCCUGAGUUCAUCGCCAAGAAGGUGUUCAUCAAUGUUCCAUGGUGGUACUUGGCUUUUAGUCGGAUGAUGAGUCCCUUCUUCACGCAGAGGACCAAGAGCAAAUUCGUCUUCGCCGGGCCGUCCAAAUCGGCAGAGACCCUAUUUAAGUACAUAGCACCCGAGCAAGUUCCAGUUGCAUUUGGAGGACUAAGCAAUGAGAGUGAUCCAGAAUUCACCACUGCGGAUGCUGUUACCGAAGUUACCAUCAAGGCCUCAUCGAAGCAAUCGAUAGAAAUACCAGCUACUGAGGCAACCCUCCUGGUGUGGGAACUCCGAGUCUCAGGUUGGGAAGUGAGCUAUGGCGCCGAGUUCAUGCCAAGCGCGGAGGACGGGUACACGGUGAUCGUGCAGAAGACUAGGAAGUUGGUUGCCACUGAUGAGCCUGUAAUCAAGACCUCUUUCAAGAUCGGCGAGCCGGGAAAGGUGGUUCUUAACAUCGAAAACCCAACAUCUAAGAAGAAGAAGCUCCUUUACCGAUCCAAGGCGAAGAGCUCUGCCAAACCCACAUGAGCGGCUUGCGGCGUACCGUCAUUCAUCUCCAUUGAUAUAAAUGAAAGAAAUAAAAGGAAGAGCUCAGUCUUAACCUUUGUUGUUGGUGUGUGAUUGGUUUGUUUAUUGGAGUCAAAAUUAUAUUUGUCUACUUGUGAGUUGCUGCUGUAGUUUCAUAAGACAUGGUUGAGGUGUUAGAAAGGUGAUAAAGAGGACUUAUGCUUCUUGUUAUCAUUGUAAA